AUGCCAGCAUAUGCCAAGUUCUUGAAGGAGAUAUUGUCCAACAAGCAAAAAGUGGAAGAGACUUCGGUUGUCAAGCUCACAGAGUAUUGUAGUGCGAUUCUGCAAAAUAAGUUCCCUCGAAAGUGUGGAGAUCCUGGGAAUUUCGCUAUAGCUUGCUCUCUAGGAAGUACAAACUUUGAUAAGUCUUUGUGUGAUUCAGGUGCUUCUAUUAUUCUUAUGCCCUUGUCUAUUUUCAGGAAGCUUGAGAGAGAGAUUGGGUCAAUCAAAUCUGUACCUGUGUCUUUGCAGUUGAUGGAUCAGACUAUGAUAAUACUUGAAGAAAUAGUGGAAGAUGUACUAGUUCGGGUGGACAAAUUUGCGUUCUCUGUGGACUUCAUGUGGUGA